UAUAUAACGUAUCGCUGGGCUUUGUUUUUUUUCCCAUAUAGAGGUCAAAGCGAAGCUCACACCUGCCAGAACAACUCUUUGAAAACAGAGAAGAACUAUCUACUAUCUUCUUCUUCUUCUUCUCUAGCGAGAGAGAGAGAGAGAGAGAGAGAGAGAGAGAGAGAGAUGGAGGGAAGAGAGAACAGCCAUCAUCCUCUGUUGAGAGGUGGCAGGAGUAGCAAGUUCAGCCAUGGCUUCUCCGCAGCUCAAAUCCGAUCACUUGCUGCCAUGUGUGAAGCUCUCAUACCUCCUCUGCCACUGGGCACCGAUGACCAAGCCCUUCACUCCUUCUACAAAGCUUCUGGGUCUGAGCCUCCUAUACCAGAUGAGGUAGCAGAUUUUAUAAUGAAGGGGAGUAUACCCGAAGCUAUGGGAGUACUUUCCUUUUUCCUGAAGGUCUUGUCCUACAGAUUAGGGACUUUACUGGUUUGUGGGUAUCCUUGCCUCGAAAGUAAGUGGCCUUUCGUUCACAACUUUGCUGAAAUGUCUUUGGAGAAGAGAGAAGAAGCUCUGCAGAGAUGGUCAAAGGAAAAGCGUCUGAUACCUCUAAGACUGUUGUUUUUGGUGGUCAAGAUCUUCUGCUUCUACUGCUUCUUCUCCAGGAUUGUUAAAGAUUCAGAGAACCCGUCAUGGAAAGCGAUAGGAUACAAUGUAAACAAGAGAGAAAAGUUGAUCAAAACUCCCAAGGAGAGACCUCUUGAGAAGGGAAUCGUAGAAACCAUGACUAAAACCGACUCUACUCUCAUUGAAUCCCUCACCAAGAAAGGCAUUGAAGUCACGGACAGCGCAGCUCAUCCAAAGAUCCACAAGAUCAAAUGUGAUGUUGUCGUUGUUGGCUCUGGUUGUGGUGGAGGAGUUGCAGCUGCAGUUCUAGCACAGUCGGGCCAAAAAGUAGUUGUCCUUGAAAAAGGGAACUACUUUGUCCCCAAAGACUAUUCUCUUCUAGAAGGUCCUUCCAUGAAUGAGCUAUAUGAAUCUGGUGGAAUCAUGGCAUCAAAAGAUGGGAAGAUGAUGAUAUUGGCUGGCUCAACAGUUGGGGGAGGCUCUGCUGUGAACUGGUCUGCAUCUAUCAAAACCCCGAAUUCUGUUCUUGAAGAGUGGUCUGUGGAUCAUAAGAUUCCACUUUUCGGUAGCCCUGACUAUCAAUCUGCAAUGGAUGCUGUGUGUAAGAGGAUUGGCGUUGUAGAUAGUUGUACUGAGGAAAACAUGCAGAAUCAGAUUUUAAGAAAAGGGUGUGAGAAACUUGGUUUGAAAGUUGAUUCAGUCCCAAGAAACUCCUCAGCAGAUCACUACUGUGGUUCUUGCAAUUACGGUUGCCCAACUGGAGAUAAACAAGGGACUGAUAGAACUUGGCUAGUUGAUGCUGUCAAAUGUGGUGCUGUGAUUUUAACAGGUUGCAAAGCUGAGAGAUUCAUAAUCGAAAAUGACUAUCAAGGAGGUACAAGCAGGAAAAGAUGCCUUGGAGUGCAAGCAAUAUCUUUGUGCAAGAACAUAACAAAGAAACUUCAAAUUGAGGCCAAGGUGACAAUUUCAGCAUGCGGGUCUCUCUUGACACCUCCUCUAAUGAUCUCCAGUGGACUCAAGAACCCAAACAUUGGCAGAAACCUCCAUCUUCACCCUGUUCUGCUAGCUUGGGGGUACUUCCCCGAACAUUCAUCAGAAUUUAAAGGCAAAACUUUUGAGGGUGGAAUCAUCACUUCACUCCAUAAGGUUGUUUCUGAAGACAACCCAAAUGUCAGAGCCAUUGUAGAAACUCCAGCACUAGGGCCUGCCUCAUUUGCCACUUUAGUCCCAUGGGUUUCGGGACUUGACAUGAAGGACAGAAUGGCCAAGUAUGCAAGAACAGCUCACCUUUUUGCAUUGGUCAGAGAUCAGGGCUCAGGAGAGGUCAGGGCGGAGAACAGGAUCCACUACAGAUUGAACAGAUCAGACAAAGAAAACAUACAAGCUGGGCUUAGGCAGGCUUUGAGAAUAUUGAUUGCUGCAGGGGCUGUUGAAGUGGGUACAUACAGAAAUGAUGGGCAGAGAAUUGUGUGCGAGGGGACUAAGAAGGAGGAUUUGGAAGAGUUCUUGGACAGUGUAAUCGCAGUAGGAGGACCGAGAACAAAAGGCGAGAACUGGACAAUGUAUUCUUCUGCACAUCAGAUGGGGAGUUGUAGAAUGGGUGCUACUGAGAAAGAAGGAGGGGUUGAUGAGAAUGGUGAGAGUUGGGAGGCAAAGGGGUUGUUUGUGUGUGAUGGAAGUGUGCUUCCAACAGCUGUUGGUGUCAAUCCCAUGAUUACUAUCCAAUCCACAGCUUAUUGCCUUUCCAAGAAGAUUGCAAAUUCAUUGAAGAAGGAAAAGUUCAUGGUUGAUUAGUAACUCAAAAGUAUUGUUAUAAGAAAAUAAGUCAUGUAGUAGGAAGGAUGGCAUGACAGAUUGUAUUUGGUUCCAUUUUCAAGUUCAACUUGCAUGUACCCGAUUGUUCAAAUUAGAAAAUGCAAAUGUUGUUCUUGAUUCA